AUGAAGCAUUUUUGUGGCAUCACAUUUUUCAUAUUAUUUUUAAAUUUAUAUGCAUGUGAAAAUGUUGUUGUGACUAGCGAACUUGAAAAAGAGAAAAAUCCAAAUUUGAGAAAUGGGUCUUCAAUAAAAAAUGUUUCAUUACAAGAUGAAGAUAAAGCUAUUCAAAAUGCAGACCUUAGUGAAGUGUCAGAAGGACCAAAGGAAGUUACACUUCAAGCGGAAGGUCAAGAUAAUGCAGAACCAAGUGAAUCGGAAGAUUCACAAAAGGCAAGAGUGGUAGCUGAAGGAAAAAGCGCAGAAGCAGAAGAAUCUUCACCUGGCACAAAUCAUCAGACAGAGAAUGGAGCAUCGUCAGGAAAUGAAAAAGCAAAGGAAGAAAUAAGCGAACCAAGAACUCCUAAUGAAACUGAAAAAAAAGAACAAUUGUCAAACGAAAUAGCAAAACUAGUAACGGAAGCAAAACAGUGUCACACGAAUGCUGAAAAUGAAGUAAAGAAAGCCGAGGAAGCAAAUAAAAAAGCAAAACAAGCAUCAGAACAAGCGAAAGAAGCAAAGGUACGAACAGAAGAAGCAGCCAAAGCAGGUGAAGUAGCAAAAGAAGAAGUACAAACAGCAACUGAAGCUGAAAAGUUAGCGGCAGAAGCAUAUUACAAGGCAGAAGACCUUUCAACUGAAGCUUUAGAAAAAACAUAUUCAUUGAAUAUACAAUUAAAAGCUGCUUUAAAAGAAGAACAAACAACAACACAGAAUAAAGAGAUGAGCAAAUUAGAACAAGAAAAAAAAGACGCAGAAAAUAUAGCACAAAAAGCUAAAAAUAUAGAAGAAGAAGUAAAAGUAAUAACAGCAAAGGCAGAAGCAGAAGCACAAAAUGCAAUUAAUGAAGCAGAAAAAGUGAAGAAAGCUGUAGAAGUAGCAAAGGCGAAGUUGGCAAAAGCAGAAGCAGAAAAUGCAGCAAAAGAAGCAAAAGCACUCGCAGACAAAGCAGCUGAAUCAGCAAAAAAUACAAAAGCAUCACAAGAAGAGAAAAACAAAUCGGAGGAAGCAGCGAAAGAAACUGAAGUUCAAGCGAAUAAGGCAGCAGCAGAAGCUCAAAAUGCUACCACUGCAACGGAAAAUGCAAAAAAUGCAAGCACAGCAGACAAAGCAAGAGCAGAAGCUAACAAAGCAAUCGCUGCAGCGGAUAAGGCGAAAAAAGCAAAGGAUAAAGCAGCAUUCCAAUACUUGAAAUCGAAAAAUCAAGAUUUAUUGGAACCAUUGGAAAUAUCUGAACAGACAGACAAUAAUUUAAUGGAUAAUGAUGAACAGGUAAAAGAGGAAGUUCCUGAACAGGAAAGUACUCAAGAUGAAGAAACCGAAGAAGAUGACGAAGAGGAAGAAAUGGAAGAAAUGGAAGAAGGGGAUGAUGAAUUUCAGAAAAUUUUUAAGGAGAAUGAUCAGGAUGAUGAGGAUGAGGAAGGGGAUGAUGAAAAGGAACCAGGAAAAACAGAUCAAAGUAAAGAAGGUAAAAAUAAAGACACAUUAGAUGACAGUAGUAUUCAUGAAUCUUAUCAAGGGGAUUACAAAAAAUAUGAAGACAUUAAAAAAGUCACAGAUGAUUUAGUAAAAUCUAUGACAGCAUUAAUUUCUGAAGAUUUCGAGGUUGGUGAGACUGUAAAAGAUUUCCUAUCAGAUAUUAAUCAGGUACUUCUGGGUUGGUAA